AUGAGAUCCUUGUCACGCCUGCCAUCCUUUGCUGGCCUUGUUAUUCUUGGGUUUUCGCUCGUCUAUCUGUUCCGACAUGGACCAGUUAUCCAGGCGAACUGGGACUCCGCUGAGUUAUGGAACAAUAUUGCAGAAACGGCAAAUGGGUACAAGUACAGCUCAGAACUGAAGCUGUCCCCGAGCAACACAGGAGAUGACUCGUCGACACCCUCUCCUGCGAGUUCGAUCUCGACACAAAGCUACGAGGCUGCAUUUGCUGCGCCGUCGCAAUCUACCCGAACAGCUUUGCCACCUUCAGGUCAGAAUUCGAAUAGCAAUGCUCAACUGGGUUGCCCCUGUCCAAAACCAAAUCUGGUUCUCAGUGCCAUCGACGGUCCGGGAUGGCAGGAUCAGAUCUUCAUCUUCAUGCAAUCCCUCGAGUUAGCCCUCGGGGAGGAAUCUCUGGCAGCACACCGGCAAAAGUCAUGUCCACCUGCUGCAGUGACUGUGAAGAUCAUUGUUCCUCAGUCUCUUUCCCAAGAACUUCCCACAGGCUUUACUGCCCUUCUGCAACGCUAUCCAUCUUUGGAAUUCGUUGGAUCACUUCCCGAGAUCACGGAUGUGCCAGUGGUUCUUCGACGAUUCCAGGGCUGGGCCGAUCUCCUGAACACAGUCUCCGGUCAAUAUGAUAACGUCCUGGUCUGCGACCUAGACGUGGUCUUCCAAAGAAACCCUUUUGCCAUGCCAAUGCGGCCUGACACUGAGAUUCUCUUCUUUGCAGAGUGGCGUGGGCUGAAGAUCGGCCAGUGUUCUGUGCAUGUAGCAUGGUUCAAUCACUGUGCAAGUCCCGAAACUGGAUCGUUCAUUGGCCAUGAAGAAUCCUCGGCCUAUAUGCACCUCAAUCGGAUUUGUGCAGGUUCUGUCUACGGAACGGCCAGAGCGAUCGCUGUCUACAUGGACCUAAUGGCGACGCAGCUUCAACGUUCCAACUACCAGUGCAACGACCAGGCCAUGCAUAUUCACAUCUACUAUUCCUCCCUUCUAGACAAUACCCUGCGAAGCAAAGGUCUUGGUCGAGCAGUGCUGGUGCCAAAUGAAGAGGCGUUGUUUGGAAGUAUCGGCACGACCCCAAUGGUAACAUUCAACGAAUGGGGGGAAAUCUUGAAUGAACAAGGACAAGUGCAACAUGCUGUUCACCAAUACAAGACGCACUCCCUUUUGUCUGAUAUUGUCUGGCGAAAGUACGGAUGGCUCACUGAGGUCGGCCAACCUGAACCCAUACCUUCGGUGGCGAAGAUGGUUGAGGAGGCGGCGGGUGCCCUUGAUUUGUCAGGCAGCAGCCAUGAUGCUGAUUCCAUUGAUGACAACCUAGGCUCUCACGGUGCAGAGUAUGACUUGAAGUACGUCAGGCACGAUGACCAUGAUGGUGGAGAAGCUGAAUACCAGCAAUAUCGCCUCGUCAGUGUGAGCUCUGACACGUGUGGAAAGAGGGAGGAUCUUUGCUCUUGCAAGUAUGAGGACUGUCAAGUUCAUUACGAGUGGUAUUGA